CACAUCCUCCUCUACAUAAACAAAAAAACACACACACUAGUUUAUUCCAGCUAGCCACGCACACUACAGUUCCUCAUUGACCGAAUACAUAACAUUUGUCAGUCCGUUUACUGUAACUUAGAUUUUUUUUUCUCCAUGUAAUCGGGGAAACAUGGCUUGGAAGUUCUCUAGCUCUGCUGUAUUUAGUGAUGUUGAAAGCUAAGCUGCUCUCUUCUAUCGUAUUCGAUUGAAAAACAUUCAACAUAUCACUUACCAUUUUUUUUAUUUUUUAUUUUUGAACGUGUCUUCCGUUCGAUGUGACUUGUGACUCGCUGCCUAUGUGUUUACACGUCAAAGUCACUCUGGAGCUCUGAAGUCCCGUCAACAGAUACACCAGAAGCCUAGUGUCUUUUUCAACAAACCCAUAUAAUCAUGACUGCCAUGCGAGUGGAUGCUAAGGUGGUCAUGCUUGGUAAGGAGAGUGUGGGUAAAACCAGUCUGGUGGAAAGAUACGUACAUCGCCGGUUUCUUGUGGGACCAUAUCAAAAUACUAUAGGGGCUGCGUUUGUUGCAAAAGCCCUCAAUGUCAGUGACAAGGUGGUUACUCUGGGAAUAUGGGACACUGCUGGGUCUGAACGCUAUGAAGCUAUGAGCAGAAUCUAUUACAGAGGAGCCCGUGCUGCCAUUGUCUGCUAUGACUUGACCGACAGCAGCAGUUUCGGAAGGGCCAGGUUCUGGGUGAAGGAGUUACAGAAAUGUGAAGAGCACUGCAAGAUAUAUUUGUGUGGCACUAAGAGUGACCUCAUUGAGGCCGAUCGAAGGGUGCGGCAAGUAGACUACUACGAUGUUCAAGACUUUGCAGAUGAAAUAUGUGCACAACAUUUCGAAACCUCCAGCAAAACGGGAAAAAAUGUCGAUGAGGUGUUUCAGAAAGUGGCUGAAGAUUUCAGUAGCUGUGCUUUAGAGUUCUUACAAGAGGAGAAGGGGGUGGAUCUUGGGCAAAAGAAGGACUCUUAUUUUGUCAACUGCUGCCAUAACUGACCUAUCACAGGAAAAACUGCUGUAUCAUAUGAUCUAUUUUGGGAUGACUGGAGGCUCACCAUCUUUUAUACUCCUCAAAGCAUCAGCUGGAGUUUUUUUUUGCUCUUUCCUUUUUUCUUUUAUGAUUUUUUCCCCUUUUUUUUCUGGGAUUCCACUUUUUCCAGUGUUCAAGCAAUGAACUCUUUUUCAUUAUCAGGAACAUGUUUUUUUGUUUUUUUUUGGACCUGAGAAUGUUGUCUGAAGCAAAUAUUAACAGUGCAUGGCAAUCCGUUUUACCAAAAAGACAAGACACAAAAGCUUUAGAGACAGAUGCCAUUGAAUGGAGGUGAUUGUUGCCAAUUUUCACAAACAAUGCCUUUAGUGAUUUAUCACCUUUUAUCAUUUAAAGUGUCUCCAUUUUAUAGAUCUUUUGAAGAUCGUAAUGUUUACACCCUUCAUUUAUCGCACUGCACUCAUGUAUGAACAAUUUGGUUUCAUAUGUCCACACUAAAGUUUCAGUUUUCACAGAUCUGAGAUCAGUAAUGAUAAAUAUUUAUCUGUUGGUGGAGUGGAAAAUUACGUAGUACAAGUAAAAGGCAGUUUCCAAUUAUUAUGUUCUUAAAUUGUAAUGAAGCUGAAAAAUUGAUGUCAAAGGCUAAUAACCAUAGUUACUUGAGGCAUUUAUAAUAUCAUGAUUAAUCUGAAAUGCGGGAGCAUCAACUCAGCAACAACAACAACAACAAAAAAAACUCAAGCGUUUCAGUUAGUUUGCUGUGUUUGGUAAUGGAGCCCAUAGCUUCCUGUAUCUUGUUGUCCAUUAUUUACAUAUCUUUACUGUGUUCCAAAAGCAAGUCAAUUUGCAGCAUUUGAUGAAUGUGAUGUUAAUGUUUACAAUGUUAUUUUUAUUAUUAUUUAAUUUUCAAUGCAAUUUGGGUAAGAUAUUGUAAACUGGGACACUAACUUGUCAGUUGUGAAAAUGUUUGUGCAUACUUUGUACAUACAGCCUUAGUUCGCUCUCGGUUCAUAUUGUGCCUGUAUUAAAUACUGCUCAACAAGGCCUGUAGCUAAAAAUAUGGUUCUUGUGAAACUUUGUGUAUUUUACGUCAUUCCAGAGCGAUCCUGAUAUUGUGCCAUUUUCACUGGUUGGCCUACAGGAAAGAAGGACAAUAUUAAAUUACUUUGUUACAUUUUACUGUGAAAUUACAUUAAAAAAACAAAACAAACAUAAGCAUGUGAUCUUAAACAGCUGUUGCAUAUUUUGUUUAAAUGUAUCAAAAUAGUAUAAACAAAGCAGACCAAGUCAUUUAAGACUGCCAGAUAUUGGAAUGAUGAAAUAUCAAGUGUGUGUGCAGCAUGCUUGUUAAUACUGUAAAUGUUUCUUAGACCUCUGAGGAGUAAUAACCAAAAUUCAUGGAAUUUUUUUUCUACAUAUCAUAUUCAUCCAUUGCUGCCUAUUCUUGCUGCUUUUCUUUUUUUUUUUUUUUUUAAGAGAGCAAGGUACUCUCUCACCAAAAUAACAUUAGUGUAUCACAUAUCAUAUGACUGGUAUUCAUUGGUUAUGAAUAUUUUGAAUUUAUCUUGUGCAAAAAUGAUGUGUCCUCUGUGUGGGACCUUUAUUUAUAUAUAUAUAUAUAUAUAUAUAUAUAUAUAUAUAUAUAUAUAUAUAAUGAAAACAUAAAAAAAAAAAAAAAAGCUUCAGCGUAGAUUGCAUAGAAAUUAAAGUGAAAUUGUCUGAAAUGGAAUCAAAUUAGAAACUCUCUGCACUUUCAGGCUCUUUUGCACAAAGAAAAUGAAAUUAGUUGCAAGAUUUUUGCAUUAAUUUCAUGACAAUUGCCCCAAAUUCUCCAUAAAAUUCUCAUUACUGUAAUGCAGAAAUAAAAUGAUCUUGUCUGGAUACAACAAUUAUUAUUUUAGAUUAUUAUUAUUAUUUAAGCUUUAAUUGUCAGCAUAUAUAAAAUUAAUGCUACUAUUAUGUAUACUUACAGUUUACAUUGCUUACCGCUUACAAUAAAAAUAUAAUUGUUUUGUUACAGUAAUGACAAGACAAUUGCAUGUGGAAA